AUGAAAUUCGCGCCGGUUUCGGCUCUUACGAUGGCAGUCCUGCCGACUGCUUUCGCCGCUCCCGUGGCGGCGCCGUCCCUUGAGCAGUCUCCCAACGUGAAUGCUCUGACUGAGCGACAGGUCCAGAUUUGGGUCUGGGCCUGCGACACCGACAACUUUACUGGCAACUGCGGCGCCGUGCAAAACAUCAACUUGAACCAAUGCUACAGUUGGUCCUCUCUCUUUCCAGGAAUUGGCAAUGGGUCCUUCAAGACGAACGGAAACGUCUUGUUCUAUGAUGGCGGGGGCUGCUCGGGCACCCAUUCCAACCGCGUGUGCAACACAGAAAUCAGCCGCCAUGACUACUGGUACGACCACACCCAGUCCAUCAGCUCGUUCUCCACCAUGGCUGCCUGCGAUCAUUAG